AUGGUGUUGUGGAAGUCUGAUCAUCCAGAUCUGGACAUCCCAACCAAUGUCACGACCUGGCAAUGGGUCUUCGAGAGUGGAGAGUACUUACCUGUGAUAUAUGCACCAAAGGAUCAUGCCUGCUACGAGAAUGCCAUCACGAAGGAGAGGUUGUAUUACUCAGAGGUCAAGGAGAAGGCCACUCUGAUGAGCUCCGCCUUGAUUCGGCAGUACGGUCUUCAAGUUGGAGACACAGCAUCGAUCUUUGCUGGUAACUCGAUUUGGUACCCCGUUGCACUUUGGGCCAUCAUCCGAGCCGGUGGACGUAUCAAUGGUGCCUCUCCAGGAUACAACGUGGACGAGAUGACUCAUGCCCUGAAGACCGCAAAGACGAAAUUUCUCUUCACGCUUCCCGGCUCUCUGGAUGUUGCCCUGGCUGCGGCUGAGAAUGUUGGGAUGCCUAGGACGCAUAUCUUCCUCCUCGAGGGCGAACAGCAGGGCUUUACAAGCAUCCACCAGCUGAUUGAGACCGGCCCAUGGGACAAUGCCGAGCUAUCGUAUCGUAUACCGCCAGGAAAAACCAACAAGGAAGUAUGUGGCUAUCUCAACUUCUCCAGCGGCACGUCUGGCUUGCCCAAGGCGGUCAUGCUAAGCCAUCAUAACAUAAUCGCUCAAUGCCAUCAGCUGCGCCAGCUCCAAGUCAUUGAUCCAGGCGAGCGAUAUCGUUGCUUAGCAGUGACUCCUUUGUUUCACAUCACAGGUCUGGUCCGUUACAUCCACUACCCAGUCUUCAUGAACGGCGACUGCAUCAUGCUUCCAUCAUUCAGUACGGAGUCUAUGCUGCAGGCAAUCGUCACGUAUCGCGUUCCGGAACUCAUUCUGGUACCUCCGAUCGUCAUCCGUAUGGUGAGAGAUCCCGUCGUGGAAAAUCAUAUGCCCGACCUGCGACGAAUAGUGAAGAGAUGGUCAUCUGGAUCAGCACCGACAGCGCCUGAGAUCAUCCAGCUGUUACACAAAAAGUUCCCCAAUACCGGCUUUCGACAAGGUUACGGAGCCACGGAGUCUACUGCAUGUAUCUCAGCCCACCCACCGAGCCUUUUCGACUACAAGUAUGCCACUACAGCUGGCAAGCUCAUGGCGAAUACAGUAGCAAAAGUCCUCGACCUCAACGACCCUAACAAGGAGCUUGGCCCGGGUCAAACUGGUGAAAUCUGCGCCAAAGGUCCGCAGAUUGCCAUGGGAUAUUUGGAUAACCCUACAGCUACAACAGAGACGUUCGACGAACAGGGCUUCUUCCACACAGGCGACGUGGGUAACAUCGACGACGAACGUCUGCUUCACAUCGAAGACAGAAUUAAGGAGAUGAUUAAAGUCAGAGGACAACAAGUAGCACCCGCGGAGCUCGAAGAUGUGCUACAAGGUCACCAGGAUGUGGAAGAUUGUGCUGUGCUGGGCAUACCUGACGACUACUCGGGUGAGAAGCCCAAGGCAUAUGUACUUGUUCGAGACGGCAUCACACCCAGUCGAGAACUUGGAACGCAACUUCUGAAUUUCGUGAAGGAGAAGAAGUCUUCGUAUAAAAGGUUGUUGGAGAUUGAGUUCACGGAUAGCAUACCGAAGUCGCCAACUGGGAAAUUGCUCAGGCGCAUCUUGAAGGCGAAUGAUCGGGAGAAGAGUAGAGUACGAGGCUUGAUCGUGAGGGAGGAGAAGGCUAGACUAUAG